ACACGUGGUGUUAAUCUUUAACAGAGUGAACCCGUUCCUCUGUCUGUGGAACAGACUCAGCAGAACCCUCUGUGGACCGGACCGGACCGGACCGGAAGGAGAAAUGUCGGCGCUGAGAGCAGCUAAAACGGCUCUGAGGACGGAGGUGAAACGGAGGGUGGCAGCGCUGGAGCCGGAGGAGAAGCGGAGACAGUCCCAGCUGCUGGCACAGAAGCUCUUCAAACACCCGAAGUACGUGUCGUCUCAGCGGAUCGCUGUGUUCCUCAGCAUGGAGGAUGAGGUGUGCACUCAGGAAAUCAUUGAAGACGUGUUCAGAUGUGGGAAAAGCUGUUUUAUUCCCAGAUAUGAGAGCAGCAGCUCCCACAUGGACAUGUUGAAGAUGGACAGUCUGCAGGACAUGGACACGCUGCCACGGACGUCCUGGAACAUCCGACAGCCUGCAGGAGAGGACGAGAGCAGAGAGGAAGCUCUGUCUGCAGGAGGUCUGGACCUGAUCCUGAUGCCAGGUCUGGGUUUUGACCUGUGUGGAAGACGUCUUGGACGAGGAAAGGGUUUCUACGACUCGUACUUGGAGCGCUGCAGCAGACACCCCAAAGGAAGACCGUACACCUUGGGCCUGGCCUUCAGAGAGCAGCUCUGCUCACAGAUCCCUGUUGGUGACCACGACGUCCUCAUCGAUGAGGUCCUGUAUGAGGACCAGUAGGCGGUCCAGGGUCCAGCACAGAUCCAGGACCAGGAUGUCUGUCUGACUUCCUACAGCUCAGCUGCUGAUUGGGUCUUUCAGUCCCUGUUACCAUGGUAACUACAGAGCCAAUGAUGAGCUUAGAUUUUAAACAGCUGUUAGCAUUUUAACAGCUGUUAGCCUUUUAACAGCUGUUAGCCUUUUAACAGCUGUUAGCCUUUUAACAGCUGUUAGCCUUUUAACAGCUGUUAGCCUUUUAACAGCUGUUAGCCUUUUAACAGCUGUUAGCCUUUUAACAGCUGUUAGCAUU